AUGCUGUCCCAACGAAUCGCGCGGGUCUCGACGAUCCGCGCCGCUGCUCAAGCAGCCCGCCGAACUCCCAUUGUUCAACAGCGAACCUUCUUCCCGCCUUCCUUCAAUGACCGUAAGGUUCUCGAGGAGAAGUACCCCGAUUACCCUCAGCUGUCCGAGCAGGAGGACCCCAACAUGAACGGCGGCUACAUCAACCCUCCUUUCAUUAAGCGCCAGUUCCGCGACCCCCACGGUAACUGGUGGGACAAGCAGGAGCGCCGCAACUUCGGCGAGCCUGUCCACGAAGACCACGACCUGCUCGGCAUGUUCUCUCCCCACGAGUACACCUGGACCACCACCGGCCCCGGCCUUCUCCAGAUUGGAGCCUUCAUUACCGCUUUCUUCGGUGUCUGCGGUGUCGUUUACCUCAACUACCCCGACAAGCCCUCUUACCCGAGAGAAUUCCCCGGUGGACUUGACAGAGAGCUGGGUGGUGCUGGAGCUGUGCGGGCGAGACAGGCUGGAGAUGCUGACCCUUGA